AUGGUUGCGAGUGCAGGGCUACCCAAUGAUGCAGGAUCUGGUCCUAACGCUCAUGCAUCGGACACCCGACAUCCUGCAUCAUCUGCGAAACACAGCCGAUCUAGGACCACGAUCCCUACCCAGUCGGGGAAGUGGAUUCUAGGCAAAACCAUCGGGGCUGGUAGCAUGGGAAAAGUCAAGUUGGCCCGAAAAGAAGACGGGACGGAACAGGCGGCCUGCAAAAUCAUUCCGAGAGGCUCAACUGAUGAAGGCCACCAGAGCCGAGCAGACAAGGAACGAGCCGAUCACUCGAAAGAAAUUAGAACUGCCCGAGAGGCUGCAAUCGGAACGCUGCUUAAUCACCCCCACAUCUGUGGCUUACGGGACGUUGUUCGGACGAAUUACCACUGGUAUAUGCUCUUCGAAUUCGUCAACGGUGGGCAGAUGCUGGACUACAUAAUAUCUCAUGGAAAGCUGAAGGAAAAGCAAGCCCGGAAGUUCAGCCGACAGAUUGCUAGCGCACUUGAUUACUGCCAUCGCAAUAGUAUUGUGCACCGAGAUUUGAAGAUUGAAAACAUUCUGAUCAGCAAGACUGGCGAUAUUAAAAUCAUCGACUUCGGCCUUAGCAACCUCUUCUCUCCUAGAUCUCACCUCAAGACGUUCUGUGGAAGCCUUUAUUUUGCUGCCCCCGAGUUGCUCCAGGCGCGUGCCUACACAGGCCCUGAAGUCGAUGUUUGGAGCUUUGGCAUAGUGCUCUAUGUCCUUGUCUGUGGCAAGGUCCCAUUUGAUGACCAAAGCAUGCCGGCUUUACAUGCAAAGAUCAAGAAGGGUGCUGUUGAUUAUCCUUCCUGGCUUUCCUCCGGUAUUACUCCCUAG